AUGUCUAUUCCUCGCUCCUCCUCAGUCUCUUGCCACCCCCAGUCAGGAAGUAAAAAACACAAGCGGACUCCCUUGUACCAGAGAUCAAUGAGUUUUGACCCAGGCAUGCUUCAUAACAAUGGACACACCGCUUACGCUAAUGGCACAGGUCCUGGCAUUAGAGAGAUGGGUGUAAUAGAGAAGCUUCUGACUUCAUAUGGGUUCAUCCAGUGCUCUGAACGUCAGGCUCGUCUUUUUUUCCACUGUUCACAGUACAAUGGCAACCUGCAGGACCUCAAAAUAGGAGAUGAUGUUGAGUUUGAGGUGUCCUCUGACAGGCGCACUGGCAAGCCCAUAGCAGUGAAGCUGCUAAAGAUUAAGCCAGAGGUGCUGCCAGAGGAGCGCAUUUCAGGCCAGGUCGUCUCCUCAAUUCAUGGAAAUAUAGAUGGGAAGUCUGCACCUGGCCAGGUGCCAACUGGAAGUGUUUGUUAUGAACGAAAUGGGGAAGUGUUCUAUCUGACCUACACUACUGAUGAUGUGGAGGGAAAUACCCACUUGGACACUGGUGACAAAGUCAGCUUUUAUAUGGAGACCAACAAGCAUACUGGUGCAGUCAGCGCGCGCAAUAUUCAACUUGUGACGAAAAAGCAAAUGAGGUGCCAGGGAGUUGUGUGCGCUACAAAGGAGGCUUUUGGCUUCAUCGAGAGGGCUGAUGUGGUGAAGGAGAUCUUUUUUCACUACAGUGAGUUUAAGGGUGAUCUUGAGGCUCUGCAGGCAGGAGAUGAUGUAGAGUUUACAAUCAAAGACAGACAGGGUAAAGAGGUUGCCACAGAAGUGAAACUUCUCCCUCAAGGUACGGUCAUCUUUGAAGAUAUAAGCAUUGAACAAUUUGAAGGAACAGUCACUAAGGUCAUCCCCAAGGUUCCCACUAAAAAUCAGAAUGACCCUCUCCCAGGCCGUAUCAGCGCUCGGAUUGGAUUCACUGACAAAGAAAUGCCGUUUGGUGAAAAGGACACAAAGUCAAAGGUGACUCUUUUAGAGGGAGACCAUGUACAAUUCAACAUUUCCACUGACCGCAGAGACAAGCUGGAGAGAGCCACAAAUAUCGACAUCCUCCCAGACUCCUUUGAUAUCACUAAGGAGACUCGUGAAAUGGGGGUGAUUGCUGCUAUACGUGAUGGAUUCGGAUUCAUUAAGUGUGUGGAUCGUGAUGCUCGGAUGUUCUUCCACUUCAGUGAAGUUCUGGAGGAAAGCCAGCUACACAUCUCUGAUGAAGUGGAGUUUACUGUUGUGCCUGAUAUGCUGUCUGCCCAGAGGAACCAUGCAGUACGCAUCAAGAAACUACCGAAGGGCACGGUGUCCUUUCAUACCCAGUCUGAGCAACGCUUUAUCGGGGUAGUGCAAAAAGAAGGCGUGUCAGCCACAGCUAAAAACGCGAGUCCCAGCAAGGGCAAGGAAAAGGAACCUGAGGAUGGAGUGAUUGCGUAUGAAGACUGCGGAGUGAAGCUCACUGUGGCGUACCAUAUAAAAGAUUUGGAGGGGGGAUAUCGCCCUCAGGUUGGAGACAAGGUGGAGUUCUCUAUCAAUGAGGUGAAAAGAAGCGGCCAGCAGACUGCUGUUUCCAUCAGAGUCCUGAACCGUAAUGCCAACAGUGGCAAGCGACUGCAAGGCUUUAUUGCCACACUGAAGGAUAACUUUGGCUUCAUUGAGACUGCAAAUCAUGACCAGGAGAUCUUUUUUCACUAUAGUGAAAUGUGUGGAGACUUGGAUAAUCUUGAAUUGGGCGACACAGUGGAGUAUACUCUCUCCAAGGGAAAAGGAAAUAAAGUCAGUGCUGAAAAAGUCACCAAAGUAGCAGCUGUGAAUGGAAUUGGGGAUGAUGUAAGCACGACAGUGAAUGGAGGUAAAGUCAUCCGUCCAAUACGCAGUGUGGACCCCUCUCAGAAAGAAUAUCAAGGGCUUAUUGAGGUCAUUGAAGAAGGUGGAGGAAAAGGCCAAAGUUAUCCAUUUGGAAUCAUGGGUUUGGCUAACAAGGUUGACUGUCUGCAAAAAGGAGAACUGGUCAAAUUUCAGGUUUGCACAAUAUCCCAGACUGGACAGAAGAUGGCCUGUAAUGUGGUUCCCCAGCGCCGAGCCAUGGUGGAGUGUGUUAAAGACCAGUUUGGUUUCAUCACAUACGAAGUUGGCGAAAGCAAGAAGCUUUUCUUUCAUGUCAAAGAAGUGCAGGAUGGCUUGGAGCUCCAGACUGGUGACGAAGUGGAGUUCUCAGUCGUCUUUAAUCAACGCACAGGAAAAUGUAGUGCCUGCAACGUGCGCCGAGUCAGUGAAGGGCCGAAACCGGUAGUGACUCCACGUCCUGACCGUCUGGUCAACAGACUGAAGAGCAUCACUCUGGAUGACGCCAGCGCCCCUCGGCUUGUCAUCGUUAGACAGCCACGUGGUCCGGACAAUUCAAAGGGCUUCAAUGUGGAGCGCAAGACUCACCAACCUGGUGUCAUUGACUGA